AAGUCCCACUUCGCAGUCUGCAAACAGUAAUUACCUCUGUGAAAUGAGCAGAGGUCCUUAAAAGGGUCUGCAGGCUUCCAGGAUCUUUCCGGGGGUGAGCGGGAUUCGGGGCUGAUAACCCAGUUGCCUAGGAAUUGAGCAGGGCCGGCUGCAAACUUCUCAGCUGUUGACAGGCUGGCCUCGCUGAGAACACUGGUUAAAUAUAGCACGCGCAGCUCAGAGCCCCAACAAAGUCACUGCGCUGACAGUGUGCGGGGAGCAGCAGAGGAGAAACUUAAUCUCAGAACCCAACAACACCUAGCAACAGUUGAAAAAACUUUGAAACAAAAGUCGGGGUGGGAGAUAGGCGACUUCCAAUUCCUGCCGGUCCCAUCUGAAGGAGAAGCUGCAGCUACUCUGUGCCGUUUCCUGUAUGACUUCAGUUACUGGCUAGUCCCAGCUGAGUGGGAAAAAGAGCUUUCCUCAGUCUUCUUUUGGGCUGGCUAGUUUUCCAGGACUCGGUCUUGGGCUGUGGGACAAGCCACUGGGUUCUUCAAGAAAUAAACCAGCCGAGAAAGUUAAACAAGUCGCCAGCAGGUGGGAAUGAGAUCACGAAACCAAGGUGGCGAAGGUUCAUCUAACGGGCACGUCUCCUGCCCCAAGUCCUCCAUCAUCGGCAGUGCUGGCGACACAAGCCCCGCAGAAGAUGCAAAGAAGAACAAGGCAAAUCGGAAGGAGGAGGACAUCAUGGCUUCGGGAACGGUCAAACGGCACCUCAGACCAUCUGGAGAAAGUGAAAGGAAGGCUAAGAAGACGCUGGAGUUAUCCAAGGAGGACCUCAUCCAGCUCCUGAGUAUAAUGGAAGGGGAGCUGCAGGCUAGGGAAGAUGUGAUCCACAUGCUGAAGACAGAGAAAACCAAGCCCGAGGUUCUGGAGGCGCAUUACGGGUCUGCAGAACCAGAGAAAGUGCUUCGCGUGCUGCACCGAGAUGCCAUCCUUGCUCAGGAGAAGUCCAUAGGAGAGGAUGUCUAUGAGAAACCCAUCUCAGAGCUGGACAGACUGGAGGAAAAGCAGAAGGAGACAUACCGCCGCAUGCUGGAGCAGCUGCUGCUGGCCGAGAAGUGCCACCGGCGCACCGUGUACGAGCUGGAGAACGAGAAGCACAGGCACACUGACUACAUGAACAAAAGCGACGAUUUCACCAACCUGCUGGAGCAGGAGCGAGAGAGGUUGAAAAAGCUCCUUGAACAAGAAAAGGCUUACCAAGCCCGCAAAGAAAAAGAAAAUGCUAAGCGGCUCACUAAGCUUCGGGGCGAGCUUGUGAAACUUAAGUCCUUUGCUCUCAUGCUGGUGGACGAGAGGCAGAUGCACAUCGAGCAGCUGGGCCUGCAGAGUCAGAAAGUCCAGGACCUCACUCAGAAACUGAGGGAGGAGGAAGAAAAGCUCAAAGCCGUCACUUGCAAAUCCAAAGAAGACCGCCAGAAACUGCUCAAGCUGGAAGUGGACUUUGAACACAAGGCCUCGAGGUUUUCCCAGGAGCACGAAGAGAUGAACGCCAAACUGGCAAACCAAGAGUCUCACAACAGACAACUUCGACUCAAACUGGUCGGCUUGUCUCAGAGGAUUGAGGAGCUGGAAGAGACCAAUAAAAAUCUUCAGAAGGCGGAGGAAGAGCUUCAGGAGCUGAGGGGUAAAAUCGCCAAAGGGGAAUGUGGCAACUCUAGCCUCAUGGCGGAAGUGGAAAGUCUGCGCAAGCGCGUGCUUGAGAUGGAGGGCAAGGACGAAGAGAUCAGCAAGACUGAGGCCCAGUGCCGGGAGCUGAAGAAGAAGCUCCAAGAAGAAGAGCACCACAGUAAGGAGCUUAGGUUAGAGGUGGAGAAGCUGCAGAAGCGCAUGUCUGAACUGGAGAGGCUGGAGGAAGCCUUCAGCCGGAGUAAGUCGGAAUGCACCCAGCUCCAUUUGAACCUGGAGAAAGAGAAGAACGUAACCAAAGACCUGCUCAACGAGCUGGAGGUGGUCAAGGGCCGAGUGAAAGACCUCGAAUGCUCGGAAAGUAGACUGGAGAAGGCUGAGUUAAGCCUCAAAGAUGACCUGACGAAGCUGAAGUCCUUCACCGUGAUGCUGGUGGACGAGAGGAAGAGUAUGAUGGAAAAAAUAAAGCAAGAAGAGAGAAAGGUGGAUGGGUUGAAUAAAAACUUUAAGGUGGAACAGGGAAAGGUUAUGGAUGUAACGGAAAAGCUCAUCGAGGAAAGCAAGAAGCUUUUGAAACUCAAGUCUGAAAUGGAGGAGAAGGUGUACAGCUUGACAAAGGAGAGGGAUGAGUUGAUGGGUCGACUGAGGACCGAAGAAGAGAGGUCCUGUGAGUUAAGCUGCAGCGUGGACUUACUAAAGAAGAGACUUGACGGCAUAGAGGAGGUGGGACGGGAAAUGAGCCGAGGUAGAUCGUGCAAGGGGCCCGCCGAGUUCACCUGCCCAGAAGACAACAAGAUCCGGGAACUGACGCUGGAAAUCGAGAGGCUGAAGAAGCGCCUUCAGCAGUUGGAGGUGGUGGAGGGGGACUUGAUGAAGACCGAGGACGAGUACGACCAGUUAGAGCAGAAGUUCAGGACGGAGCAGGAUAAGGCGAACUUCCUCUCUCGGCAGCUGGAGGAAAUCAAACACCAAAUGGCCAAGAACAAAGCCAUAGAGAAAGGGGAGGCUGUGAGCCAGGAAGCCGAGCUGCGGCACAGGGUUCGGCUGGAGGAGGCGAAAAGCCGCGACCUGCAGGCCGAGGUGCAGGCUCUCAAGGAGAAGAUCCAUGAGCUGAUGAACAAAGAGGAUCAGCUGGCUCAGCUCCAAGUCGACUAUUCUGUCCUUCAGCAGAGAUUUAUGGAAGAAGAAAACAAGAACAAAAGCAUGGGGCAGGAGGUUCUCAACCUGACCAAAGAGCUGGAGCUUUCCAAGCGCUACAGCCGAGCUCUCAGGCCCAGUGGGAACGGCAGGAGGAUGGUGGACGUGCCGGUGGCCUCCACGGGGGUACAGACUGAGGCGGUGUGUGGGGACGCUGCAGAGGAGGAGACCCCUGCUGUAUUCAUUCGCAAAUCCUUCCAGGAGGAAAAUCACAUCAUGAGUAAUCUUCGUCAGGUGGGCCUGAAGAAGCCCAUUGAACGAUCCUCGGUCCUCGACAGGUAUCCCCCAGCAGCGAAUGAGCUCGCCAUGAGGAAGUCUUGGAUUCCUUGGAUGAGAAAAAGAGAAAACGGCCCCUCCACUCCGCAGGACAAAGGGCCCAGGCCAAACCCAGGAACAGGGCACCCUGGGGAGCUGGUCCUAGCACCGAAGCAGGGCCAGCCCCUGCACAUCCGAGUGACGCCCGACCACGAGAACAGCACUGCCACCCUUGAGAUCACAAGCCCCACAUCCGAAGAGUUUUUCUCUAGUACCACCGUCAUUCCUACCUUAGGCAACCAGAAACCAAGGAUAACCAUUAUUCCAUCACCCAAUGUCAUGUCGCAAAAGCCCAAAAGUGCAGAGCCUACUCUCGGCCCAGAGCGAGCCAUGUCCCCCGUCACGAUUACUACUAUUUCCAGAGAGAAGAGCCCAGAAGUUGGAAGGGGCGCGUUUGCAGACAGGCCCGCGUCCCCCAUCCAGAUCAUGACGGUGUCAACGUCUGCAGCGCCUCCUGAAAUCGCUGUCUCUCCUGAAUCCCAGGAAGUGCCUAUGGGAAGGACUAUUCUCAAAGUCACCCCGGAAAAACAAACUGUUCCAACCCCCGUGCGGAAGUACAACUCCAACGCCAACAUCAUCACCACGGAAGACAACAAAAUUCACAUUCACCUGGGUUCUCAAUUUAAACGAACCCCUGGGCCUGCAGCUGAAGGCGUGAGUCCAGUCAUCACCGUCAGGCCUGUCAACGUGACAGCGGAGAAGGAAGUUUCUACAGGCACGGUCCUCCGCUCUCCCAGGAACCACCUCUCUUCACGACCCUGUGCUAGCAAAGUGACCAGCACCAUAACCAUAACCCCGGCCACAACGUCAUCCACACGAGGAACCCAAUCGGUGUCAGCACAAGAUGGGUCAUCUCAGCGGCCUACACCCACCCGCAUUCCUAUGUCUAAAGGUAUGAAAGCUGGAAAGCCAGUAGUUGCAGCCCCUGGAGCAGGAAAUCUGACCAAAUUCCAGCCUCGAGCUGAGACUCAGUCUAUGAAAAUAGAGCUGAAGAAAUCUGCGGCCAGCAGCACUACCUCUCUUGGAGGGGGGAAGGGCUGAGGGCAGUGGCUAAGGGGGUAUGUUGUAAGGAUGCUACUGCUGCUGUGGAAACAAACUUUCCUCUGUUUGUGCCAACCCUUUCCAUGUACUACUAAUUUAAGUUUUAAAUAUCUUGUUUAUAAAAUAACCAUCUAAGAGCCAUGCGUUUUUCCUAUUCUGUGCAUUUGUUUCAAUGCAGAGGCAUAGAACUGAUUAGCAAAGUUGCCCAUUUGCUGAAUGUUUUGUCAAAGAUGCUGGUCCUGAGAGAGGGUCUGGCCUCCAGUUCAGUUUCACUUCUACCAUGUGGCCCCAUCCCGGUUAGCUCAUCAAAUGAAGAAGUCCUCAGUAUCCUCACUAGUGAGAUUUGGGGACCACAUUACAUGCUCCCAAAGACUGGCUCCCAAUUUUUCUAGUUGUAAGCCAAGUUUAAUAGACUUAGUUUUAAAAAAACAAACUAUUUUCAAACAAGACAGAAUUUAACAAUUGUCAUUAUGCACCAUCGAGUCUUGA